CUCAUCUGUGCUGAGGGUUUCUCAGCCAUGUUGAAGAAAGCUGAGAGGGAGGGGAAAAUCCAUGAAAUAAAAAUCUGCCACAGAGGCCCCACCAUCUCACAUCUGCUUUUUGCAUACGAGAGCCUAGUGUUUGGCAGAGCCACUAUUGAGGAAAGUGAAGAAUUGAAGAGAAUCCUUAAAAUCUAUGAGCAGGAGUCAGGACAAUGUGUCAAUUUUUCUAAAUCUGAAGUGUCUUUUAGCAGGAAUGUGCAAUGGAGCAGAAGACUGGAAGUCAGUGGUACACUGGGGAAUAAAGUUGUUGAGAAACAUCUAAAAUAUCUAGGACUACCUACUUUCAUUGGAAGAUCAAAAAGGGAGGUAUUUGAUGAUUUGAAAGGACGAGUGAGAAAGAAGCUUAAAGACUGGAAGAGCUUAACUUUGUCUGCUGCAGGAAAAGAAAUUUUGAUUAAAGUAGUUGCUCAAGCACAACUUAUCUAUCCUAUAAUAGUGUUCAAAAUUCUGGAAGGAAUUCUGCAGGAGAUUCAAAGUCUGAUAGCAAGAUUCUGGUGGGGACAAAAAUAUGAUGAAAAGAAGAUUCAUUGGAUCAGGUGGGAAAAGUUGUGUCAACCAAAGGAUUCUGGUGGUCUUGGUUUUAAAGACCUGAGAACUGUUAAUACUGCUAUGCUUGGGAAGCAAAUUUGGAAUAUUUUAAAUUGGCCUAAUUCUCUGAUGGCCAGGGUUCUCAAAGCUCGUUACUUUCCUAGAAAUGACAUUCUGAAUGCUAAGAUAGGGAGCAAUCCCAGCUUUAUAUGGAGGAGCCUAGUCAAAGCAAAGGAUGAAAUUAUGGAUGGCUUUCGAUAGAGACUGGGGGAUGGCAAUAGUAUCAAUGUUUGGGAGGACUGGUGGGUUCCAAAUACCAGAAAGCUUUUACCAUUUCAACAAGACAGUGAACACAGGGAAAACCUCAAGGUUAGCUCCCUCAUUGACGGAGCAUUGGAUGGUGGGAUCUACCUAAGCUUAGAACCCUCUUCUCUGCUACUGACCAGACUGAAAUUAUGAAGAUCCCCUUGAGAAAUCCACCUACAGGAGAUAUUGUUCUAUGGUCUGAAGCGGAUAAUGGGAUCUAUAAUGUGAAAUCGGCUUACAGGAAGCUAUGGUGGAAGGAAUACCCUAGAAUGGACGAAGGUAAUUUGGAAACUCAAAGAAUCAAAAGCUAUUGGAAGAGAAUCUGGCAUCUCCCCAUUCAACCUAAGGUUAAAGUUUUCCUAUGGAGGAUUAGCAGGGACAUCUUACCUGUUGGGACCAAUGUUGAAAGCAGAAUUGAAGAGGCCCCCUCUGAUUGCCCGUUCUGUGGACUCUCUGAAACCCAACUCCAUUGCUUGAGAGAUUGUGACUGGACCCGUCAUCUUUGGCAACCAUGCAGCGAAAAUGAGACCUUCAAACAGGGGGAAGGCUUGUCUAGCAGAGAUUGGUUUCUCAAACCUUCGAAUCUCAGUCUAAUGAGAGCCUCCAAAGGUUCUGUGCUAUCCUUUAGUUCAUCUGGAAAGAAAGAUGCAAUCAUAUGUUCAACAAUAAGAAACUUGAGGUGGAAGAGAUUAUCCCUAAAGCUCUUGAUUGGAUUUUGGAUUACCUUCAUGCUCAGGGAACCUUGGCUACGAACACGAUACAACCAGCUAGCACCCAGGGAUGGAGACCACCACCGGCCAGAAUUUUCAAGAUGAACAGCGAUGCAGGGGUUCUGAAACCGGCUGGGAUUGGGAUUGGGUGUGUGUUCAGAAACUGGAAUGGGGAAUUUCUCGGAGCUGUAGCUGGGAAGGAGACAGGCAUGUGCAGACCAGUGGAAGCUGAUGCAAGAGCUAUCCUAGCUGGUUUACGAGAAGCAAAUCGAAGGGGUUGGAGUCCAUUGAUUGUAGAAACUGAUUGUCUGAGACUGGUUCAACUACUGGAGAAGGGAGAUGAGGAUCGUACCGAGUUGGAGGUGUGGUGCAAAGAGAUAAGAGAGCUGGCAACCACCAAUUCGGACAUGUCGGGUAAGAAGCUCGAGUGGGCCUUUGUGCCUAGAAAAUCAAAUGUUGUGGCCCAUUGUUUAGCCCACUUGGAUGGUCAUUGGAAUCAAAUUUGUAUUUGGACUGAUUGUCCUCCAAACUCCAUCAGGAGUCUCCUUGAGGCUGAGAAAGCCCAAACUGUUUGAUUUUAAGCAAUAAUAUCACAGGGCAUCC